AUGGAUCCAUUCAAAGAGGUGGAGGAGGACUGUUGGUCCCAGAUCCAUUCGUUGGACAACUUUAUUAAACGUGUUACUCACAUCACUGAGGAUGCUAAACUAGAUUUUCUGAACAACUACCAAGAAUUGGCCGAAACCUUAGAGGACUUGAAGCAAGCAGUGCAAAUAUCAGAGUCCAACCCAUCACAGUUUAAUUUAAACUCCUCUGACAUUGUUGGAAGGAAGCAGAUUCUUGGCCAAUUGCAGCUGAAAAUUGCAAGCCUUGAAAACGAAUGGAACGAGAGGGUCAGGAAUCCUCAGCGGCAAAGGGAAGUUACCACCAUGUCCAAUCGAAUAAGCCAGGAUGAUGACAGGGACAGUCCCUUCAGCGAUUCUCAAAGAAUAGACAGAGAGUUCAACCUGUUCCAACAACAAGAACAGAUCGAAAAUCAAGACUUGCAGCUAGACCUGAUCCACGAAACCAUGCGUAACCUUAACCAACAAGCUCAGCUCAUGGGAGGAGAACUUGAAGAGCAAGGUUUCAUGCUCGAUGAUCUAGACCAGGAAAUGGAUACAGUGGGCAACAAACUUCAGAGAGGUUUGAAGAGAGUGAACUACGUGAUCGAGAAAAACAGAGAGACAGCCAGCAACUGUUGCAUCGGAGUGUUGGUGGUCGUCCUCUGCGUCUUGCUUGUUGUUCUUAUCGUGGCAUAA